UGCCGAGACUGGCAAGAGCAACUCAAGAGUAGCCAUCGCCUGGGGCUUGCGAGCACCUCAGUUCUCAAGACCGCUGUCUUAGAAAUCUUGUAACAAGAACCAGAUGUGGACGCCGCUGGCUGACUUUCUCAGAGCCGGUGAUUGGUUGUCGGCCGAGGACCACAGCCAGUCAUCGCUCUCGGAGGGCGCCGAGUCCCGCCCAGCCCGGGCACCCGCAGGGAUCGAGGUUGCAGGCCAGAGCAGAGAGGAUAAGUGGGCUUGCUGGUCAGGCUGGGCGGGAAGCGCUGAGUCGAGGGGCAAGAAUGACUCUGCGGGGGGACCCGGUGACCCAAAGGUCGCCGCUGCUGCUGUUACUGCUGCUGCCGUCAUGGGCUGCUGCGCUGCAUCCGAGAGAGCUCUUCCCCUAUGGGCAGUCUCGGGGGGACCAGCUGCUGCAGGAAGGAGACGACGAAAGCUCAGCUGCGGUCAGUCUAGCGAUUCCUCUGCACUUCUAUGAAGCCCAGUUCAAAGACCUCUACGUCGGCACCAACGGCAUCAUCUCCACCCAAGACUUCCCCAGGGAGACCCAGUAUGUAGAUGAUGAUUUCCCCACAGACUUCCCCGCCAUUGCCCCAUUCCUGGCCGACAUUGACACUAGCAAGGGCAGGGGCCAGAUUCUGUACCGUCAGGACACCUCCCAGGAGAUGCGGGAUCUGGCCGCCCGCUACGUGCACAGGGGUUUCCGGCAUACCGCCGGGCACUUCAGCCCCACCCAAGUCUUUCUGGUCACCUGGGAGCAGGUGGGCGCCUAUGAGGAAACCAGGCAAGGGGCCACGCCCUCGGGAGAGCUAAAUACUUUCCAGGCAGCUUUGGCAUCUGAUGAGUCUGAUACCUACGCCCUCUUUCUUUAUCCUACCAAUGGCCUUCAGUUCUUUGGAACCCGCCCAAAGUUAUCUUACAACGUCCAGCUCCAGCUUCCAGCCCGGGUGGGCUUUUGCAGAGGAGAGGCUGAUGACCAGAAGAGAGAGGGACCUUAUCUCAGCUUGACUAGAACUGAACAGAGUGUGAAAAAUCUCUACCAAUACAGCAACAUAGGAGUUCCUGGGGUGUGGGCUUUUCAUAUUGGCAGCACCUCUUACUUACACAAUGUCAGACCAGCAACUAUUGGAGGAGAUCUUUCAAAAACCUACCCUUCAGCUCCCCUGGGCCAUUCCUUCCACACUGAUGCUACACACCAAGAAAGUGACUAUACGGAGGGAGGCAAUUUGGAUUAUUAUGAAGAGAAUGAAGAAGAAUUUGAAUAUCCUCCCAGUGAGCCAGCAUCAAAUGGAGAUGGCAGUAUUGAUGAUUCCUUUUAUUUGAGAGCAAAUGCAAAGCCAAGAGGAGGUGGGGUCAUCUUCCCCCCAAAUUCUGAUCUGGAUUCUCCUAUGCCACAUUCAACACCUGGUACAUGGCCUUCCUACUCUGAAACCAAGUCCACCACUGUGGCCUCUCUAGAGGAGAUAGAUGCUUCAGAUUCUAAACACCAUGUUAAGUCUCCUGGACAGCCAGAGGCCAGUAGUCCCAUUCCAUCAGAGAUUGAAGGCAUUUCAGUGGAUCCUUCCUGGGAAGUCACAUCACGACACUACCCUGAAAGUAUCCAGCCCUCCUCAGGUGGUGAAGUGCUACCUUCAGAAGUAGGUGUUUCUCCAGCUAUUCAUGAGGAAGGGAUGCUUCUUCAAAAUUACCAUAAGCUAGGUCUCCCUCCGCCACUGGUUCACAUGACACAUGUUACAGGGGUGGAAGACAGCAGUUCCAACACUGAAGUCUUGACAUAUAAUGUUGCCAACAAGGAAACCUGUGAGCACAACCAUGGACAGUGCUCCCACCAUGCCUUCUGCACUGACUAUGCAACAGGUUUUUGCUGCCACUGUCAAUCCAGGUUUCAUGGAAAUGGGAAGCACUGUCUGCCAGAAGGGGAACCUCAUCGAGUCAAUGGGAAAGUGAGUGGUCACCUCCACGUGGGCCACAUGCCUGUACACUUCUCAGAUGUGGACCUGCACGCUUACAUUGUGAGCAAUGAUGGCCGAGCUUACACAUCUAUCAGCCACAUCCCACAACUGGCUGCCCUGGCCCUUCUCCCUCUCACACCAAUUGGAGGUCUGUUUGGCUGGCUUUUUGCUUUAGAAAUACCAGGCUGGAAGAAUGGCUUCAAAUUCACUGGUGCUAACUUUAUCCAUGACAUGGAAGUUACAUUCUACCCAGGACAGGAGACAGUUAGAAUCAUUCAAACUGCUGAGGGUCUUGACUCUGAGAACUAUCUGAGCACUAGGGUCAACAUCCAAGGUCGGGUACCCUACAUUUCACCAGAUUUCACCAUUCAAAUCUCUCCCUACAAGGAGAUUUACCACUAUUCAGACUCAGCUGUGACUUCCACGAGUACCCGAUACUACUCUCUCAGAUAUAGCGCCAUCAACCAAACUCAGUCCUACCGCAUCCAUCAGAACAUCACUUUCCAGGCAUGCAAGCAUGCUCCCAAACACCACAGCAUCCAUUCCACCCAGAUGCUGAAUGUGGACCCUGUCUUUGCCAUGUACACUAAUGAUGAUAAAUUGCUUAGAUUUGCUAUGACCAAUCAAAUUGGCCCGGUUGAAGAAAACUCAGAGUCCAUCACAGUAAAUCCUUGCUAUGAUGGGAGUCACACUUGUGAUAAAGCAGCUCGAUGCCGUCCAGGGUCGGGUGUAGACUACACCUGUGAGUGUCCAACUGGGUACCAGGGAGAUGGAUGGAGUUGCAUUGAUGUAAAUGAGUGUACAACUGGAUUUUACCACUGUGUUGCCAACUCUGUGUGCAUCAACUUGCAGGGAAGCUACAGGUGUGAAUGCCGAAGUGGCUAUGUGUUUGCAGAUGACCAACACACAUGCGUCUUGAUUACCCCACCUGCCAACCCCUGUGAAGAUGGCAGCCAUACCUGUGCUCCUGCUGACCAGGCCCAGUGCAUUCACCACGGAGGCAGCACAUUCACCUGCUCCUGCCUGUCUGGUUACUCUGGCAAUGGACACCAGUGCACUGAUGUUGAUGAAUGCUCGGAAAACAGAUGUCAUCCCUCAGCUACCUGCUAUAAUACCCCUGGCUCCUUCUCCUGCCAUUGCCAACCUGGAUAUCAUGGGGAUGGAUUUCAGUGCACUCCGGAUGCUCCCACGCCAGGACUGAAUCCCUGUGAAUAUCAGCGGCACAAUGCUCAGGCUCAGCUCACCUAUCCUGGUACCCAGGCUCACAUUCCCCAGUGCGAUGAGCAGGGCAACUUCCUACCACUGCAGUGUCAUAGUGGCACCCACUUCUGCUGGUGUGUGGAUUCUAAUGGUCAUGAAAUUCCUGGCACUCGUACUCCUCUUGGUGCUACUCCACCAUACUGUGGACCAGCAGAGCCCACCCAGAGACCAAAGACUGUCUGUGAGCGUUGGAAGGAAAGCCUGCUGGAGCACUAUGGUGGUGCGCCCAGAGAUGACCAGUAUGUGCCCCAGUGCGACGACCUGGGUCACUUCAUCCCCCUGCAGUGCCAUGGGAAGAGUGACUUCUGCUGGUGUGUAGACAAAGAUGGCAGAGAGGUGGAGGGUACCCGCUCCCAACCUGGUACCACCCCUGCAUGUAUACCUACAGUUGCUCCACCCACAGUCCGGCCCACACCUAGGCCUGAUGUGACCCCUCCAUCUGUGGGUACUUUCCUGCUCUAUGCCCAGGGUCAGCAAAUUGGCCACUUGCCCCUCAACGGUACCAGACUGCAAAAGGACACAGCAAAGACCCUACUGUCACUACAUGGCUCCAUAGUUGUAGGAAUUGAUUAUGACUGCCGAGAAAAGAUGGUGUACUGGACAGAUGUUGCUGGUCGCACAAUUAACCGUGCGAGUCUGGAACCAGGAGCAGAGCCAGAGAUGAUCAUUAAUUCAGGUCUGAUUAGCCCCGAAGGACUUGUUAUCGACCACUUCCAUAGGACAAUGUACUGGACAGACAGCGGCCUGGAUAAGAUAGAGAGGGCCAAGCUGGAUGGCUCUGAGCGGAAAGUCCUCUUCCACACGGACCUCGUGAACCCACGUGCCAUUGCUGUGGAUCCAAUUCGAGGCAAUUUAUACUGGACAGACUGGAAUCGAGAAGCUCCAAAAAUUGAAAUAUCUUCAUUAGAUGGAGAAAACAGGAGAAUUCUGGUGAAUAAAGACAUUGGACUACCCAAUGGUUUAACAUUUGACCCUUUCUCCAAACUUCUGUGUUGGGCAGAUGCAGGAACAAAAAAACUGGAAUGCACACUACCUGAUGGAACUGGACGACGAGUCAUUCAAAACAACCUCAACUACCCUUUCAGCAUUGUUAGCUAUGCAGACCACUUCUACCACACAGACUGGAGGAGGGAUGGUGUUAUAUCAGUCAACAGAGACAGCGGUCAGUUUAUGGAUGAAUAUCUUCCAGAGCAGCGAUCCCAUCUGUAUGGGAUAACUGCAGUCUAUCCCUAUUGCCCAGCAGGAAGGAAAUAAAUAUGGCAUUGUAAAGGCCUUGUGAGUUUACAAUCAGAACCUUGCACCAUAAAGAACAUUUGCGGUAUACAAAGGUGAAGUGAAAAAGCAAUCAACUGUUAGAAGUUCCUGGACAUACAAGAUGAGUUCACAUGUUCAAUGCGAAGUAUAUUUUGUGAAGUUUAUACCUCAAUCUUUACUACUGUAUGUUUAAAAAAUGUUACUGCAAGUUUUUAAAAAAGGUAACAGAAUUUAAUUAUUGCUUAAAGCAACUUUUUAUAAACAUUGUAUUUAAAAGAACAAAUUCACUCAACUCAUUUGUUAUGGUUUCUUUCUGGUUAAGAAUAUACAGUUCUAAGAUCAGAAACCUUGACAUGUUAAAGAACCAACUUAGUUUUCCAAUGAAAGACUUUUUUUUUUUAUAUCAGUGCAUUUCUAUUUAUAUAUUAAAAGGUGCUAAAAUGUUUCAAUUUGUAUUUUCUUAUCCUGUAAGUCCCCUUAUCAAUUUACCUAUAGAAAUUACAUUUAUAAAUACCAAAGAUCUAACAGUUCAAUUUCUAGACUACUCCAAUAAAAUUAAGUUUUCCUAUGA